CUCAGACACACCUUAGCCGUCUGACUGUACUACACAGUGUGCCACCCGCACAGCGACCAAGAGUUGAGUGACACAAAGACCACGGCUGCACCGGCGCAUAGCACUAAUAGCGUGCUUGAACCUGCAGACAUCCAUCCAUCCCAUUUCGGUGCCAGCGGGAGGAGAUUCGGUAUCCUUGUAUCUCAUUAACCACGAUGCUUCAGCUCGAACCCUACAAAGGCAGGAGUCGUAAACUCGUGAUCGCCAUCGACAUCGGCACAACAUACAGUGGCGUUUCAUAUUGUGUGUUGGAUCCCGGUGAGAUACCAAAGGUUCUCAGUGUCACACGGUUCCCUGGACAAGAGGGCGAGAACAAGUCAAGGGAUGUCAAGACGCCCUCUGUCCUCUACUACGAUCAGCAAGACCACCUCCGUGCGGUAGGGGCCGAGACGACACUAGAGAAUAUCAAGGAAGAAGCGUACUCGCAGGAUUGGAAACACGUGAAGUGGUUCAAACUUCAUCUUCGUCCUUCGUCCAUUCUACCGGGCGCAGCACUACCUCCAAUAGACGUGGACAAGCCUGUGAUUGAGAUUCUGGCAGAUUAUCUUGCCUACGUAUUCAGAUGUGCCAAGAACUUCAUCUCCGAGACGAACCCUAUCGGAAGACAGGUUUUGAACUCGGACACCCCUAUCGACUUCGUACUCAGCCACCCCAAUGGAUGGGCGGGCCCGCAACAGAACACCAUGAGACGCGCUGCUAUCCUCGCGAAGCUGAUACCCGACAACGUUAAGGGGGCUUCCAGGCUUCAAUUCGUCACAGAAGGAGAAGCGAGUCUCCAAUUUUGCAUCGCAACUGGUCUAGGGGAGGACGUCAUACAUGAGAACAGUAUCGUGACAAUCGUCGACUGUGGUGGCGGCACCAUAGAUUUGAGCACGUACCGUGUUGUUGGGAGCCGGCCCGUUCUCGUGGAGGAAUGUGUUGUUCCCGAAUGUCUCAUUCAAGGAUCAACAAUGGUAAACCACCGAGCGGAGCAACUUCUGAAAGACAAGCUCAGACAGUCUCGCUUCUCGACCGCCGACGACCUCGACGCGAUGAUGACCAGCUUCGACACCAUGACCAAGCCAACCUUCCGAGAUUCUUCUGCGACAUCUUACAUAAAAUUCGGAGGUCCUCGCGACACAGAUGAUACAUACAACAUUCGGCGUGGUAUCCUGUCACUUUCAGGCUCAGAGAUGGCAUCUCUAUUCCAGCCGUCAAUUGAUGCCAUUAAGACCGCAAUCGACUCGCAGUUGUCAGGAGUGGACAUGAACCUCGCUACGUUGCUCCUCGUCGGAGGGUUCGCUACCAGCCCUUUUCUGCGUGCAGGACUCCAGGCACACUCGGACAGCAAGGGCUUGCGAAUGUAUUCCCCGGAGGGUCAAACAUCGAAAGCCGUGGCUGAAGGUGCGCUGUGGUUCUACAUUGAUCGCCGCGUGCGCGCCAGAACUGCAAGGUACACGUACGGCUCUCCGUGCGCACGGUCGUAUGAGCCAUCAAAUCCAGAACAUAUACGGCGUCAACAUCUGUUAUACACUUUUCCAGAUGGUAAAUUGACUUUAGAUGAGGCUUUUGCUUGCAUCAUUCGGAAGGGGACACUGGUCACGGAAACUACAGAAUAUAAUUUCCAUUUCUCAACCCACACGAGAGACCGUAACGAGCACUCGAUCUCUACGAGUGUGAUGUCCUAUCGAGGAGCGGAAAUUGCUCCUGCAUGGCGAGAUGAGGAACCUGAUAUGUUCUCCGUGGCCUGCACAGUCACAGCCACAGAAGCUGAGAGCUCAUGGAGGCGCGGCGAUGGCCCGCUCGGGCCAUACUGGUGGCAGAAUUACGAAGUCAUCCUACUUCUAGGUCUCACUGAGAUUCAAGCCCAGAUCGCUUGGUGGGAGGACGGCGUACAACGGAGAACUCCCGCGAUUAUCGUCUACGAUGAUGAAGAGUAGAGAAGGACUGGUAUGGAUGGGCGACAGUGCGUAAACAGACCUCGAGACGGACGUAAAAUCGGUGAAUGGUUGCGCUCCCUGUAAUAUCAUUUUUUGAGUUGUAGCAUUGCGGUACACAUGAUGUUCAACACUGCAUGGGGCCCUGAU